AUGACCGAGCGACGAGCCGUGAUCAAGAAUGCGGAUAUGAGCAAUGAAGUACAAGAAGAUGCGGUGCAAACAGCUGCCCUCGCGUUGGAUAGGUAUCAGGUCGAGAAAGAUAUUGCAGCGCAUUUGAAAAAGGAAUUUGACAAGAAGUACGGACCAACAUGGCAUUGCGUGGUUGGAAAGAAUUUCGGAAGCUAUGUGACACACGAAACCGGAAAUUUCAUCUAUUUCUACCUACAAGAUCGUGCAUUUCUCCUCUUCAAAUCUGGUUAA